AUGGUGUCCUCGACGUCCAUUCUCGCCAUGGUGGCGGCCGUUGCCACGACUAUCGACUACGUGCAGGCCCACGGCUACAUCGCCAAGCCUGAGCCUUCGUGGAAGGACAAGAAGACGAAUGACUGGGUGGUCGAGAUCGAGCCCCAGUGGAAGGGUGGCUGGGACGAGUCCAAGGGCGACGAAGGUCUCCUGGCCACGUUCAAGGAGCUGUCGGCCGCGAACAACUAUAAGGAUGUUCGCAGUCUGAUGGACGGAAACCCCGUGUACGGCGAGGACUGCGGCUUCACGGACCCCAAGGGAAAGCCUGUGGCUCCUCCUACCGACGGCACGGCCACCUUUUCCCGAGGCAUUGUGCACGCUGGACCUUGUGAGAUCUGGCUGGACGACAAGAUGGUGCUGCAGAACGACGACUGCCAGAGCGCCUACGGUGAUGGCACCCAGGAGACGAUCGCCGUGUUCAAGCCCGUGGACUACUCUUCGUGCGCCUCGGGCGGCUGCAUGCUGCGCUUCUACUGGCUGGCGCUGCAGCGUCUCGACGGCAAGACGGUGUGGCAGGCUUACAAGAACUGCAUCCCUCUGACCGGCCCGGCCGGCGGAGGCGCCUCGCAGACCACGCCGUCGACUGGCGAUGGCUCGAACACUUCGCAGACGUCUCCGUCCACCGACGACGGCUCGAACGUCUCACAGACUUCCCCUUCCACUGGCGAGUCAGACUCGCCUGCGUCCAAGGACAAGGGUGACUCGGACUCGCCGGCCAGCAAGGACAAUGGAGACUCGGAAACGCCGUCCAGCGGCGACUCCCCAUCGACGGGUGACUCUCCGUCGACUGGCGACAACUCGCAGACACAGACCACGCCGACCCCGGAGUCGCCGACCACGUGGGAGCAGCCGCCGUCGGCCAGCACGCCCGAGAUGACGCCGGCCCCGAGCAGCAAGUGCAACGGCCGUCGCCGCCGCCACUAG